AUGAUAUACAAAGCCGUCAUUCUUGUGGGUGGACCUUCUCGUGGUACGCGUUUUCGACCUCUUUCUUUGAAUGUACCGAAGCCUUUAUUUCCAAUCGCCGGUCAUCCAGUUAUUUGGCAUCAUUUGGAGGCCUUAUCUAAGGUUGAGGGAGUGAAAGAAGUCCUAAUGAUUGGAUUCUAUGAAGAUUCGGUUUUUCAAAGGUUUAUAGACGAUGCAGCCAGAGAUUUUCCUCAGAUUUAUUCUUUGGGAACAGCUGGAGGUCUAUAUCAUUUUCGUGACGAAAUUCAAAGAAACGACCCGCGUCAAAUAUUUGUUCUUAAUGCUGAUGUAGCGUGUAGCUUUCCACUAAACGAAAUGGUUAAAUUUCAUAAUACGCAUAGAGGGUUAUGUACUAUAUUAGGAACUAAGAAACCAGAAAAUCAUGAAGUCUUGCAUUAUGUAGAAAAACCUGAAAGUUUUAUAUCUAAUUUGAUUAGUUGUGGUAUUUAUUUGUUCGAUUGUGCUAUUUUUACUGAAAUGAAAAAAGCGAUGCAAAAUAAGGCCAAUCGAGUCGAUCGAGAUCAAUUUCAGAUGCAAGAUGACAAGCUUCGAUUAGAACAGGAUAUACUCCGACCUUUAACAGAAUCAAGCAAAUUAUUUGUAUAUGAAACAACUGAUACUUGGGUUCAAGUUAAAACUCCUAGUUCAGCUGUCCCUGCAAAUGCAUUAUAUCUUGAACAAUAUCAAAAAACAAAUCCAGAUAGAUUAUUAAAAAACAUGCCAGAUGGCCCUACUGUAGUCGGGCUUGUCUAUAAGCAUCCCACCGCCACUAUAGAUCCUACCGCUAAGAUUGGUCCAAAUGUAACUAUUGGUCCUCGUGUGAUCGUUGGAAAAGGAGUUCGCAUCAAGGAUUCAAUUAUCUUGGAUAAUGCAGAAAUUAAAAACAAUGGUUGUGUUUUGUACAGCAUUAUUGGAUGGGAUUCAAAGGUUGGAAACUGGUCUCGUGUUGAGGGCACACCGACGACGGAUCAUUCAACAACUGUCACACAGAAUGGUGUUAAGAUCCAAUCAAUUUCUAUCCUUGCCCAGGAAGUUACUGUUAAAGAUGAAAUCAUUAUUCGUAAUUGUAUUGUACUGCCAAACAAGGAAUUAAAAACAAGUUGCCACAACGAAGUUUUAAUGUGA